GCCCACCCACACAUCACCGCCAGAGAGGCUGAGGAAGAUCCAAGAGCUGAUCCACAUCUGUACGCUCCAGGAACCUGAACUGUUUUGCUUAGACCUGACAGAGGACAGUCAUGGUGAAGAUCGAAACCCUAAACGAACUGUCCAGCCUUCGAAACACUGGGUUUGGCCAGCCUCCACUUCGGCACGGCCUGAAUCUUCUCUACUGGUUCGCAAAGGAAGCUGUUGAUAUUGGAAAUGGUGUUUUGGUUCCAAAGAUCAACAUCAAAGGAAAAGAAUUUGGGUUCCAGUUCUUUAAUAACAGAAUUGACGAUGACGAAGACCGACUCCUGCCCAACCAGAACCUUCCGUACUUUGAGGUGGGCAAUCUGAACGCACCAAGAGCCGAGAUGCUGCCGGAUUAUGUGAGACCUCUAAACAACCAGCACUAUUAUGGCAAAGGUAACAUGGAUCGCAUCAUUGUGCGUCUGAAUGACCGCACCAUCGACAGGGUGUACAUCACCCAACACUCAGACCCGCAGAAUUUCAGCCACAGCGGCACCUAUCGAGUGAGUCUGGGUCUGAUCAACACCAUCAGGAACAUGGAGAAGAACCAAUUUCUCCAAAUAGUGCGGCUUGUCAAAUUCCAAAGUCUGAGCGGGGGCGCAAGCUCUCAGCGGGAGAACGUGGACCCUCAGAGGGGGAACACAGACGACUCCUGGUUUUCUUGGUGUACCAUUCUUUAAACGGGUGUGCCAUUUCCAUUACGUGUCUAGAAAGUCAUAAACAUACAAAUGUAAUUCCAAAAAACUUGGGACAGUAGGUAAAAUGGCUAUAAAGUGAGCAUUAACAACAUUUUACAGUUCAGGAGUUUACGCAUUUUUCACCAAGACAUAUUUCCAUCUAGAUAUGUUUUUGAGGGACGGGGGCGCUUGUUUUAAAAAGACAACGGCAAGCCACGUCUUGCAGUAAGAGAGUGCUGGUGCUUGGCUGGCCUGCCUGCAGAUCAGACCCGCAAUAUAAGGCUCCUCAAGUUUUGAAUUGGGGGACAGGGAAACCUACAGAACUUUAACUUUAAAGGAAUAGUGACGAAACGAAGUGCUAAACAAACCCCCAUCCCAACUUUUUUUGAAACGUGUCACAAUGUAAAUCUACACGCAAAACAACACCAGUACUGUUACAGGAUUGUAAAUCGUUGCUGCCUCUGUUUAUUAACGUUCCUCUUACUGCCCCAAGUUUUUUUAAAUCAUUAUAUUAUGUUCUCUUUUCUUUUUAAUUAAAUACUAUUUGAUUUGUUUAUAGACUUGUUGGGAAGUGGUCAUUCUAGCUAGAUAAAGUAAAAUAAAGAUUAUUCUCUGAUCUGA